AUGGCCUAUAUUAUUCAUUUGAACGGGAAUAAAAAGAAUAUAAUGCAGCAACUAGAAAAGAUCCUCCAACCCCACCGCCCCAAGGAGUCUAAGAUGUUUACCUGCACCCCCGCUCUGAUCCGAGCUGAUUCCAGACCAGUUUCUGUAUCAGUGUUAUCUUGACCAGAGACUAGACCUGGAGGCUCUACAGCUUUUAAUGGGGCCCAGAAUGGUGAAUGUCAGCUAAUCCAAAGGGAGUUUCAGACCAGUGCAAUCAGCGGAGACAUUGAUACUGCUGCCAAAUUUAUUGGUUCAGGUGCUGCAACAGUAGGAAUGGCUGGUUCUGGUGCUGGUAUUGGAACAGUCUUUGGCAGCCUUUUCAUUGGUUAUGCCAGAAAUCCUUCGCUGAAGCAGCAGCUGUUCUCAUAUGCUCUCCUGGGAUUUGCCUUGUCUGAAGCUAUGGGUCUCUUUUGUUUGAUGGUUGCUUUCUUGAUCUUGUUUGCCAUGUAACAGAAAUUACUACUUGAAAUGUUGGCAUUCAUAGUAAUUAU